AUGGAGCAUUUGCUACAGAAGCAGCUUUUCAACAAUGGAGAUAAGCUGUUCAAUUCUCGACAAAACAGACGGGUUUGGAUAGAGCGAUCUCAAGUAACAGAUUCUCAUCUCACAAGCUCAACAAACCUUUUUUACACCACUCCUAUAAGUUGUCCAAUGUUGUCCAUUAUCACUACAAGAAAGAGCAAAAACCAUUUGAGAGUCUGUGCAAUAAGAAGAAGAAGAGUGCAUUCGAACUCGGAUACGUACGUACUGUUAGAAGCAGGACAAGAUGAGCAGUUCGUGUCGGAAGAAGAACUCAAGGUGAAGCUCAAAGGGUGGCUUGAGAAUUGGCCGGAGAAGUCUUUACCUCCGGACCUGGCUAGAUUUGAUGACCUCGAUGAAGCCGUCGAUUUCUUGGUCAAAGCUGUAUGUGAACUUGAGAUUUAUGGAGAAGUAGGUUCUGUUCAAUGGUAUCAAGUUCGUCUAGAGUAA